UUUUAUAAGGGUGCGAUGGGGUGUUCGAUGUAUUGCUUAUGGUGGGUUUAAGGUGGAUGAAGGUGGGGUUAAGAUGGUGAUUUUGAUGUUUGAGAGGGUAGCGAUGGUGGUGAUAAUAGGUGGAGGGAGACGACAAUCUAAUGGUCAGACUUACAGGUGUCACAAAAGGGGUAAUUUUAGCAAGCUGUGGAAUCCAUUACUUCCCUCGUUUCUUGACAUCCUCCGAGAAAACCCUAACACAGGUCAACACUUCAUCAUCUACUUCGGAAUAUAA